AAACAUAAACGCAAGACAAUAAAAUAAAUAAUAGCCGUGGCAAAUUUUUACAUGUAGGGAAUGUGCAAAUAGUUUUUUAGUUCAUUAAAUUAGUCUUUAAAUUGUUUAUAUUUUUAAAAUUAAAUCUCUUUUUAAUUAAAGUCACAAAAAACCGAAAUGACAGAAAAUAAAAUAACUGCGCUUAUUUCAAAAAAUACUGCAGCAUCCGGUGAGGAACUGUGUUUUGAUAAAAAUGAGUUCAUGAAGGCUACAUUUUCCGUUGACGAGUUUUUGCAUAAAAAUCGUACUGCACCCAGUUUGGAACAGUUGCGAGACAAUUUGGGAAUUUACUUAAAAGGUUUGCGUGCUGCCAUGAUUGACUUGAUCAAUGAAGACUACGCUGAUUUUGUAAGUCUAUCAGCGAAUUUAAAUGGUUUAGAUAUCAUUAUUGGUGCUCUAAAGAAACCAUUAUUGCAAUUUCGUGAGGAAGUGGAAAGUAUACUAAAUACGAUUAAAGAAAAUGAAUCGGAAAUACGUUCACACUUAGAAAUGAAAAAAAUGUUAAGAGAACAAAAACGUGAUUUGCUAAGUUUACGAAAAGUAAACGAAACUAUACAAAAACUGGAAAACCUAUUAGCUAACCAAUUGAAUUCAGCAUUACGUGUUGUAGAUUUGGAACGUGCUGCACUGGAUCUUAUACAGCUGAAAUUUCAUAAUAAAUAUUGUAUGGAAGUACUGCAUGAGGAGCAAAAAGUUAAAAUUUUACAACUUGAACACGAUGUAUUAGAAAAAUUACGUACAUUUUUCAAUGAAUCCUUAAAAAAUGCCACAAGUGCAAAUGCAGAGCAGUUAGAGCGUAGCCUACGCAUUUAUAUUACUUUGGAUAUGUGUGAUGUAGCUGAGAAAGUAUUUCGCGAUGAUAUUUUAGCGCCAUAUAUGAAUACCACAAUUUCUGAACAUUAUUUACAAAAUUCACCGCAUGGCCUGGGUGGUAUUUACAGUAAAGUGCUGAAUUUUAUAUCUUUGCAUAUGACCGAUUUACUCAGAUUAACACAAUAUACUGAUAAGUUACAUGGUUUCAACUUUUUAGUCAAUAGCUAUUGGGUUGAUGUAGCUAGCCGUAUUGAAACACACAUGAUGUCGAUAUUUGCACCCGGUAAUGCUGAAAUAUUUUACACAAAAUACAAAUGUACACGGGACUUUAUAAGCAAAAUUGAAGAAUUAUUAUCAACUCCAGAAGCUAUUGAACACUUCAGACAGCAUAAACAAACGAAGAGUUUUCAGGCCCGUUGGAAUUUGCCAGUCUAUUUUCAAAUAUGUUUUCAGGAUAUUGCUGGACAAUUUGAGGCAGUGCUGGAACCACCAUUAAACAAUAAUAACUUGACAAAUGCCGAUAAUGAGCGUAACUCAUUUCGUUUGUUACCUUUUAAUAAAGCUUAUAAAGCAAUGUUACGCUGUUGGGCUGAUGGCCUUUAUCUUCCAGAAGUAUUUCCCAAAUUCUAUAGAUUAAAUAUACAAAUUGUAGUACGUCUAUCGCGCUGGAUUUCAACUGUUAUGCCAAUGAUAACUACAAAUAAAGUUAAUGAAUUACCAGCUGGUUUUAAUAAAACAGAUUUUUUAAUAACGCUGCAUGAUGAUAUACAAAAAUUUACUGCCACUUUGCCACAAAUACAAGAAACUAUAAGUGCAUGCAUACCAAAAAAUAAACAAACAACUUUAAUAAGUGAAACUGUAGCGAAAUCAAUUGUUUUAUUACAAUCAACAAUAAGUGUUCACUUAACAAAUGUACAAGAUGCUUUAGUGAAUAUAUUAAUUGCUGAAAGUGGUUUGGAAAAUGUGCGACAAGUCAAUGAUUUACCACGUUUAUAUCGUAAAACAAAUCGUGAUAUUCCUACUCGAUCUUCUGGUUAUGUAGAACAAAUGAUACGACCUCUUAAGCAAUUUGCUACUAAAUAUGGUCAGCAGUUAGGAAACGACACUGUCAAUGUUGUUUUAGGAAAAGUCGUUAAAAAAAUUACAGCAGACUAUUACCUGGCUGUAUCGGAUGUACUGACAUCUGUGCAAAAAACUGAGGAAUCAUUGAAACGUUUGCGCAAUCUUAAAAGUAAUAUUUCGCAAGGAGCUGGCCCUACUAGUGUAACUAAUGCCAUGACAGAUGAUGACAAAAUACGUUUGCAGUUGCGCGUAGAUGUAAUUGGUUGGACAGCUGAAUUAGCCUUACUUCAUUUUGAACCAACAGAUGUCGAAAAAUUAUUGGAAUUAAAUAAUAUUGUCGAAGAAAGUAUUAAAUUGAAAGAAGUUAAUAAUUUUUAAACAAGUAAAUAAGUUUUUCUUUUUUAUUACAAUAUAACUUUUAUAUUUAAUUUUAUGAUGUUAAUUACUUUUCUAAGGUCCCUUUUAUGUAGGAUGUCAAGGGCACGUCAAAAUUAAAAUUGUUGUUGCUUUCAAUGCAAAUUAAAAAAUUGAGAGUGAGAGAGACGAGCAAAUGUCGGUUUAAGGCAAUCUGUGGCACAACCAAAAAGUACAAAAGUAAUAAUAAUAAUACGAUAUUGACAAACUGAUCUGAUACUCUGUAUAACACGCACUUUCAUCAUAGCCCGAAAGAACCAAUUUUGACGUGAACGUGACAAUCUACAACAACAACAACAA